GUCAUCAAGAAAUAUAAUUAAGUAGUUGAGAAAUUAAAAAUGGGUGUAAAUGGAAAGCUGGUUAACCAAACAAGGAUCAAGUCAGAUGGAGACGUGUUCCAUGAAAUAUUCAGAUACAAACCACACAAAAUAUCAGAUAUCUGUCCUGGGAGCAUCCAAGGUGUUAAUCUUCAUGAUGGUGAAUGGGGUACCAUCGGCUCCAUCAUCUCUUGGAACUAUUUUCAUGAUGGGAAGGCAAAAGUGGCUAAGGAAGUGAUUGAAGCAAUCGAUGAGGAAAAAAAGUCAGUGUGCUUCAAGGUGGUGGAAGGUGAUCUAAUGGAAGCUUACAAGAGCUUCUUCAUCACUGUUCACGUGGACACAAAGGGGGAAGAUAACUUGGUGACUUGGAGUUUCAGUUACGAGAAGCUGAAUGAAAAGGUCAAAGAUCCAAACACUUUGAUGGAGUUCUGCCUCAAUGUCACAAAAGACAUCGAGACUCACCACCUCAAUAAUUAAGCCAUGCAUGCAACCACGUACUAAAGUUACAUGCACCAUCACAUUAUUGUUUAAUUUCGUACAAGUGCUUCUUUAUUUGUAUAAUAAGAACAUGUAUGGGGUUCACUCAGCUCCUAGACAUGUUGUGUGGAUUUUCGAUUAUUAAUUGUUCAUGUUGCUGCUCGAUCGAACAACAA